GUUAUGCAACAACAACAAUAAUUAGCUCCAGCAUAUGAAAAAUGUCCAAGACACCCAAUCAAUGACAUUGUUUUAUUUUGUUUACACGAUUAAUGUAGAGAAGUAGGUUUAAUUAUACUAUUUAAGCCUUUAUGCAAAGAAUGUUGUAAAUUUCAUAUUCAAUUGCACAAUCAAUAAGGAACACCUCCUUAUAUUGACACAAUUGACAGUGUUAGAGAGAUGCUAUUUAAUGAUGUUCACAAUCUGAAGGUUAAAUUCGAGGAGUAAGAUUCAUAACAAUAUUCUAGAGAGAGAGAAAUACUGCAUCACUUUUCUGAUGGAGAAAAUUCUCAGCUUAUUAAAACAAUUCACGGUAAAAUAGAAUAAGUCAAGAAAAAUCUACAUUAAUUAAUUAAUGACUAUUGUAAUGAAUUAGAAAAAGAAGUGUAGAAAAGAAUACAUCAGCAUAAAGUAUUAUUUAAAUUCAUCAAUAGGCAGCCCAUCCAGGAGAGAAAAAAGAAUUGCAUCAUAAACUCAAUACUGUUAUUAAUUAAUUGGAUUUAUAGGAAAAGGGACUGUAAUCGCAAAAAUACAUCAAAGCUUGUUUAGUUGUGAUAUCUGAAGAGAAGGAUCAUGAUUUAGAAGGAUUGUCUCUUGAUAUUGAUAACGCUUUGAAGCACUAUUUGGAAAAUAUGUUUGAUAUAUGUAUCCAUAAUGACAAAUUUCAAAAAAUUAGUAAGUUACAUUUAUAAUUUUAGAUGAUGCUUUAAAUGAGUAUGUGGAGAUUCAUUAAGUUAACUUAGGAGAAGAGCUGGAGUAUUAUACUUAACAAAUACGAGAAAGUAAAAAGACUACUGGAACACAAUAAUAAUAUCAAUCGAAAUAAAUAACUAAAAAAUAAGACGUUAAUCCUCCUAUUACUUAAACGCUACCUUAAAGCAAACUGAAUUAUUAAUCUAUUUAUGACACUCCUCAUAAUUAAUUACAUAUACGUAAAUGUACUUAUCGAUUUAAUAGAUUCAUCGCUUCAGUAAUCUAGAGUAGGUGCAAACUCAAAGACUUAUGAAACUAGAUUGUAACAGAAUAAUGAAAAGUUGAAGUAAUUUUAUGGAUGAUAUUUAAAUUAAAAAUU